GCGCGGGCGUCUUUCAUUAAAUCAUUCAAUCCAUUCCUAACUGUCCUGUCAGUCAAUCAAUUUCAUUCAAUAAUUUGAAUUAAAAAUCUUAGUAUAUAUUUUGCAAUAUACCUAGUUUAAUUUAUAGUCACUUGAUCAUCAUUAUUAUUUUGCAUUCACAAAAUUAGGAACUGAAAAAUAAAUGAAUAUGUGGUAACAGUGGUUCUCUUCUAAUAUUAUGGCAGAGCCAGGUAUAAUCAGAAAGUUAAGUGAAGAAGUCGUGAACCGUAUCGCUGCUGGAGAAAUUGUCCAAAGACCGGCUAACGCUUUAAAGGAGCUUAUUGAGAACAGCUUAGAUGCCAAGUCCACUAAUAUCAUAGUGACAGUCAAAGCAGGAGGUCUCAAAUAUUUACAGAUUCAAGAUAACGGCACAGGAAUCAGGAGUGAGGACCUGGAGAUAGUCUGUGAGAGGUUCACAACGUCAAAACUCAGCGAGUAUGAAGACUUGAAGCAAAUCAGCACAUAUGGUUUCCGAGGUGAAGCUCUAGCCAGCAUCAGCCAUAUUGCUCAUCUCACUAUACUGACCAAGACUGCUGCAGCUAAAUGUGCUUACAAGGCAUCCUACGAAAAUGGCAAACUAAAGGGGCCUUUAAAACCUUGCGCCGGCAACACCGGCACGCAAAUAACAGUGGAGGACAUAUUCUACAAUGUUUUAGCCAGAAAGAAGGCCUUACGAAGUCCCACAGAAGAAUACGCGCAUAUAAUGGAAGUGGUUGGGGGAUACGCUAUACAUAAUAGUCACAUAGGGUUUACGUUGAAGAAAUUUGGAGAGAACACCGACCUGAAAACUCCUAUCAAGUCUACAGUAAUUGAUAAUGUUAGAAUUAUACACGGCAAUGCGAUAGCCCGGGAACUAAUGGAGAUCGAGCUCAAAGAUGACACUUUAAAGCUGUAUCUCCAUGGAUACAUCACCAACGUCAACUACUCUCACAAGAAGGGCGCCAUGCUGCUGUUCAUCAACCACCGCUUGGUGGAGUCGCAGGCAAUACGCAAAGCUGUGGAUUCUAUAUAUUCAACUUAUUUACCCAAGAAUGCACAUUCGUUCGUCUAUUUGAGUCUGGAAAUGGAUCCGAGAAAUGUGGAUGUGAAUGUUCAUCCAACCAAACAUGAAGUGCAAUUUCUGCACGAAGAACACAUAAUAGAGAAAAUAAAAUCUUGUGUUGAGAGUAAACUGCUAAGCUGCAAUUCUACGAGGGUUAUGUACACUCAGGCCCGAUUACCUGGUGCGACAGCCGUCGAGGAAAUAGUUAAGAAAACUACGGACGGAGCGAAAGUAUAUGCGCAUGAGUUAGUUAGAGUUAACGCUGACGUUCAGAAAAUUGACAAAUUCUUCCCUGCUACAAACAAGAAUAUCGAAACUCAAGUCAAAGACAAUAUAAAACAACCUAAAGAUAACAUAGACAAGACCCUUGAUACAAAUAUGGAAGUUACAGAGAAUAUUCCAGAAAACAAAGAAAUUACAGAUAAAAUUCCCGAAGUAGUAAUAAAUGAAUCCUCAGACGAUGUUCUAGAAAAUUCUUUAGUAAAUGAACCAUUAAUUAAAAUUCCUGACAGAUGGAAAGCGCAUACAACAUCAGAGCAUGCAAACAUAACAUACAUAGAUCCUAAAGAAUCCUUUAAAACUAGAACAUUCAAGUAUGAAAGAGUUGAAACUAGAUUGACCAGUGUUAAGGAGUUAAGGAUGGAUGUAGAAAAUAAGUGUAAUACGAACUUGAGGGAAAUUUUGGCAAAUUUGAUCUUUAUUGCGUGCAUUGAUGUCAACAAAUGUUUGAUACAACAUGCCACUAAUCUAUAUCUAUGCAAUACUACUAGAUUAACCGAGGAGCUAUUCUACGAGACAAUGCUAUACGACUUCCAGAACUUUGGCUUCAUCCGGCUGUCGAACCCACUACCUCUGGAGGAACUGUUGGUGCUAGGCCUGAGCUCUCAGGACGAAUGGGACUCCGAAUUAGGCGACAUGAGGGAAUUGGCCCAGAAAAUGAUGGAGGUGUUGCUCAACAAGCGGGCGAUGCUCCUCGAAUACUUCUCUCUUGACAUUAAUGGAGAGGGCGAGCUUUUGGCGUUGCCUCUCUUAUUAGAUGGCCACACACCAUUCAUGGGCGCACUCCCCACUUACCUCGUGCGUCUCGUGACAGAAGUCGACUGGGAAUCAGAAAAGGCAUGCUUCGAAUCUUUCAGCCGCCAAACCGCCAUUUUUUAUUCCCAACCCAACCCGGACAAAUCCGAACAUAUCUCCAAGACAGAGUUUUGGAGACAUGAACAUGUAAUUUUCCCGGCCAUUCGGAGGAAUUUCUUGCCGCCUACAAGUUUUGUUAAUAACGGAGCGAUAUUGCAGAUCGCUAGUUUGAAUGAUCUUUAUAAAGUGUUUGAACGCUGUUAAUGGUUAAGUUUAAUAUUGUUAAAGUGAUAAUAAAGUUAAGUUUUAAAUU